AUGGGUUCACAUCAAUCAGACCUCCCAGACAGCACCUCCCCCACCCUCGCCCUAGUACACCCAACAGAGCAAGAGCUAGUCCAGCAGUCCAUCAAAAACGGCGCCUCCUGGAGAGGUGCUUUAUCAAUCGAAGCCUACCUCCGCCGCGAAGACCACCUCGCCCAGCAAGAACUCACCAGAGACGGCGGCAUCACGUGGUGGGCACUCGUCGACACCGCCGCCGAAAAGCGCUCCGUCCUCUCCGGAUGCGAGACACUGCGCAAGAGGGCGUUGUUAGCGCAGGAUGGCACCGUCAAGGACGUGUUGUGUCAUGGAAUCGGCAGUGUUUUUUGCCCGCCUGAGUUUAGGCGCAGGGGAUACGCUGCCCGGAUGAUGAAGGAGCUGGGGAACAAACUACAGACGUGGCAGGCGGAGGGGGUUGAGUGCUUGUUCUCUGUGCUGUACUCUGAUAUUGGCAAACAAUUCUACGCCGCACACGGAUGGGAGCCGUUUGAUUCGUCUCACAUCUCUGUGCACGCCGCAGAAAAACCUGUAAACGGUUCGAUGAAGCCGCAUAAUCUUCCGGAAGCUCGGCCAUUGUACGCUUCAGAUCUAGCGGAGCUAUGCAGCAUUGAUGAACAGCUUCUCCGGAAGAAGAUGAAUGGCCUAGCAUCUGGCGGCAAAACGGCCGUUGCCAUGAUUCCAGACAUCGAGACCAUCCGGUGGCACCACGCCCGCGAAGAAUUCGUAGCCAACGAGCUAUACGGAAAGACUCCUACCAUCAAAGGAGCCGCCGUAGGCAACGAAAGUGGCAAACGCAUCUGGUGCUACUGGACUAGGGUAUGGGCCAACAGUGAUCCGCAGCAGAGCAAAGGCAACGUUCUGCAUAUACUUCGAUUGGUCGUUGAGGACGAUGCAGGAUCGGAGGACGACCUCAGCAACGCUCCAGCGAUUGCAGCGCUUCUGGCUAUGGCACAGAGCGAGGCGGCCAAGUGGCACAUGGCGGAGGUUGAGACUUGGAAUCCCGCUAAGGUAACAGUCGCCGCUGCCCAGCUGCUUGAGCCAGGAGCCGAAGUCGUGCAUCGGGACGCGGAGAGCAUUGCCAGCUUGAUGUGGUAUGGGAACCAGCCUGUAAAUGGAGGACACGUAGGUGAUAUGGUGACUUGGCUGGGUAACGAGAAGUAUGGGUGGUGUUGA